AUGUCUUUCCCAUCCGCACCCGCAUCUUCACCUUCCAGGAAUCUCCCCAAAAAACCCUCGAAAAACAAAAAAUCCUCGCGCGCGGAUAAUCUCCCAGGUAGUUCCAACAGCCAGUACGCACUCCCCGGCAGCGAAACCUCUGGAUACGAUUUCGAGAUUUUCGAAGACCCGCGCUGUGCGAUCUGUGAUGGAGAUUUGCCUCCUACUGAGAGACCACAAUCUCACCUCACCCCCCAACUCUGCGCGUCCUGCCACCUGCAAGUCACGCAUCUCAAAAACGAGCGCGAGAAACUCCUCCGUCAGCAGCGCAAAAAACAACUCGCCCAAAUGCACGAGGCACUCGAAGCGGUUUCCGCACAGGCGGAGUUGAGACGCGUGUUGACGGAUGGGAAUGAGAGGUUACGGGGAGAAAUCGAGGAGAUUGAGAGGGAGAUGGAGGGGUUGCAGGGAGGAGUGAGUGAGGAGAUGAGUAGAGAGGGUUAG